CCACUGUGUUGUGCGGAUCCCUUGCACCACUAGACCACAUACACACCGGGCUGCAUGCGGCACAACAACUUGCAGAGCACCUGGGCAGUCUCAUCAAGAGCAGUCUGGAGGGCGGUCGGUCCCCUCGCUUCGCCCCGACUCCAACCGCCCUAGCUCGGCCCUGUCUCGUGGCCUACGUCCCUAGCAGGACCCAGCCAACCUACCGACAAUCGUCCUUGUUCAACCACAUGGGCAACAAACAGUCACUUGGGCCCAUCAUCUAAUGCUAGCCUCGUCUGGUGCUGGCCAACGUUUCCCCUGCGAACCCGCCAGCCAGAUCCUGGACGGGGGGGACUCGACGGUCGGUUGAGUCCGUCAUCCUGCCAAACGCCCGCCCAGCCAUCUUAAUUUUGCACCCAAAAACCAGCCAAGCACUUCUGGCACUCCAGCAACACGCCCCCCCCCCCGCCGCCCGCCAGCACCAACACCAAUACCACCCACCUGUUCUCCCGAGCUGACCUCAUCCGGCCUUUUGGAGCCCAUCUUCUCUCCCGAGUCGUUUCCCCACCUCAUCUUAUACAUACUUAAGUAUAUACACAGCCUUCCCCAUACCACCUGCUUCUUAUCCUCCACCCACCCCUGCUUCUCGUCCUCACCUCGUCAAAUCCUCACCCCGUGUGCGCCCGCAUCUGGACCCCCAAGAUGCCUGACACGGUCUACCGCGAGUCCCGCAGCUACGUGCGGGAGCGCGACGACCCGGAUUCCGACGACGAUCGCUACAGGGCACCCACCGUCCGCCGCUACAAGGUCACUCAGACCCAGCGCGCCCCGGCCCCUCCCCCGCCCCCGCCGGUCGAGCAUGUAGAACGGAUCGAGCGCACCGAGCGCGUCGUCGAGGGCGACUUUGUCGAGGAUGAUCGUCGCUCCAGGUUCUCCACCCAUUCUCACCAUCUGCACCCCGGCCGCUCAUCCGGCGACUUGGUCGAGGUCGAUACCACACGGCGGGUAGAAAGGACCUAUCUGCCCGAGAGGCCGAGAUCCGCCUUCGAUCCGCCUGCCCAGAGGAGUACACAUGUCGUCGAGAAGGUCACGGAAAGGGAGCGAGGCAGAUCGCCAACACCCGAAUUUUACGACAUAAGCAAAACGAGGAGCGUUGUCCACGACGACGGCCGUACUGUCUACGAAAGGGAAAGGACCAGGGAGGUCGAGCGCGAAGAACCGUGGCCCGCGGAACGCCAGCGUACCACCGUCGAGACAAAACGCGUGGUUGAACGUGACGACGACCGCUGGUAUGACGACCGAGGGGACCGGCAACGAACAACUGUAGAGAAGAAGGUUGUUGAGCGGGACGCCGACCACUGGUGGGACGAACGUGAGCGCCCUAGGGACCGCGAGCUCGUCUACGAGAAGACAAAGGAGAUCGAGAGAGACCCGGGCCCGACCUCCCCGCGCGACUGGGACCGCCAUUCGCACUCUCCAUGGGACCGUGAUAACGUCGACGUCCGGGUCGAGAGACGCACUGAGAAGCGCGACGAUGGCGUGGACGUUACCGUACAGCGCCGCGUCGAGGAGCGCCGUGACGAGACACCUUACGGCCAAUUAGAGCGGUACCGUAAGGAGACCGAGUACUACGAGCCGGCACCCCCAGACCCCGCCCCAAUCAUCAUCCGCCAGCGCGCCCCGGAGCAGAGGAUCAUCGUGCAAGAAGCUCCUGAGCCAGCGCCCAUCAUCGUCCCCUACAGGCAGCAGCAGAAUACAGUGGUGGCGCGGCGGGAAGAGCCUCGCGAGGAUGAGUACUACUACCGCCGCAGGGAAACGGACAGGUAUGGCGAUCGUCGUGAUGAUUAUACUGUCGCUGAAUAUCGCCGUUCGCACUCAAGAGACCGCUAUUCUGACGGCUAUAGAUCUGACGAUGACGACUACUACGUCAGGAGGACAAUCAUCCGGCGUCAACGGAGCAAGUCGCCAGAGCAUCACCACAAGCUGCACCUGGCAGAGGGUGCGGUGGCUGGCGCGGGUCUGGCCGCUCUUGUGGCCUCUCGGCGCAAUGGCGACGGUGACCCUCCGUCAGGUCGGGGCCGCAAGGUCGUGGCUGGAGCCGCCCUGGGGGCCCUGGGCACAGAAGUAUUCAAACGCGCGCGCUCAGCUUACAAUGAACGUUAUGGUGAUGACGAUGAUCGCUACCGGGAUGACUACAGGCGCGGUCGAUCACGGUCGCGCGGCGGUGACUACCGUGACUAUCGUGAGUACCGUCGUGAUGACGAGUAUGAAGAAGAGCACGACCGCCACCACAAGAUCAAGACCGGGCUCGGGCUCGCGGCAGCGGCCCUGGCUGUGGCUGGAGCAGCUAAGUACUACCAAUCCCAGAAGAUCGAGAAGGAGGAGCUGCGCCGCGGACGCAGCCUCCACCGCUAUGACAGCGACUCGGGUGGCAGCUACUACAGCCGCUCCCGCAGCAGAGGGCCGGGAGGGCGGUCACCGUCUCGAGGCUCAGGCGUCGCCAAAGCCGCGGCUGGGACCGCUGCCGUCGCAGGCCUAGUUCAGCACUUCCGAAGCAAAUCCCGUGCCCGCCAGGCUGGUGGGUCCAAGUCGCGCUCCCGUUCGCGCCUCCGCACCGGCGCCGAGAUCGUUGCGGCAGGGCUCGCCGGCGCAGCGGGCAAGAAGCUGUACGACCGUUCCAAGGACAAGAAGGAGGAGCGUGAAAGGGAGCUCUCGGAUGAGGAACAUGAACGCGAAUAUCGGGAGCGGGAGCGGUCCAGAUCUCGGAGGGAUAGGUCUAGAUCGCGAUCCCGCUCCAGGUCGCGUAGCAGGUCGCGCUCUAGACCCCCCAUCCCGACAUCUGCCGCAGCCGCUGAUCCUGAGCUAGGUUUGGUUGAGUAUGGCGGCCACCCCCUGUACUCCGACCGAGAUGGACCGGGUUACGAGUCGGCGGAGGACAGGAGAAGGCGGCGCAGGGAGCGGCUGGCGAGGCAGAGGUCGCAGUCGAGGGGAUUAGAUUCCGACGAUGGAGUAUACGAUGCGAAAGAGGACAAGAAGGAUAAGAGGGCCAGGAGCAGAAGUCGCUUCAGGGACAUGGCUGCUGGUGCUGCUGCUGCAGGUGCCGCGGCAAUUGGGUUGAAGAAGUAUGGGGAUGCCAAGAAGGAUAAGGAGAGGGCUGAGUCGAGGACCAGGGAACUGAGCAGGGAACGAUCGAGAGAGAGGUCCAGAGAUAGGGAAGACAGGGAACGUGACAGGGAGGCCAGGGCGAGGGACCGCGCUGAGAGAGACAGGGACCGUAGGGAAAGGGACAGAGACCGCAGGAGUUACGAGGAUUCCAUUGCGGGUGGACCUCAAGACGCCUAUGACGCGCAACGGCCUCCGUCUCCACCGCACGCAUCCGGCGGUUACUUCGACCCUCGGCCACCAGGUCCCGCUCCUGGCACCGACACAUACCAGCAGGGUUUCACACAACAUCCUAAUAUGGCCUCUACGAACCUUCACGACACGUAUACGCCGUACAACCCUCAAGAAUACCAACCUUUCCCCCCGCCGCCGCCACCACCAGGGCCCCCGCCAAAUUCUGCAUCGACACCGACUGGAAUGCCACCGCCGCCAACGGGAGGGUACCGGCGAAACGACCCGGAUCAUGUGAGUAGUGAAAUAUCUGAUUCUUCUGUCAACGCCAAUGUCAACUUAAAGGAUGGGGACCACGGCCACGACCGUGAACACGGGCGACCCAAUAUUCGCCGCGAAGCUGAGGGUGCGUCUGGUCUCGAUGGUGUAAAGAAAUCUCGGAACCGCUCGUCAUCCCGGGACAGGGCGCCAUCAGCACCCUCCUCUGCUUUGUCAAAACCUGGACAACGUACGCCCUCGAGAUCACCGUCCCCGACUAGAACACCGUCUCACGUCCAAUGGGUUCCGCUGUCACCACAAUCCUCUCAGACACUGCUCCGUCACCGAGCUACCAAAUCACGUGAAAAUAUAGACGAUGAGGUCGGCGCAGCAGAUGACAAUGAUAGCGCCGUGGUACCGGCUCCCCGACGCUUCCGCAAGCGCCGGCGCAACUCGGACCCAAGCGCCAACCGCCCGGUGGUCGGCAGACACCGAAACGGACUGCCCGAGUCUGACCGGUCCAGCUCCGAGAGCGAGGACGAAGUUGAGGUCCUCCCCGACCGCUUCGACAACUCAGGGCGGCCCAUCGACCCCAACGCCCCGUCCAGCUCCAGGAGCGCACGAGUCCGGGGCGGGUGGACCGAGCGGCGCGGUGACUUCGAAUAUCGCUCUCCGCGUCCGGGAGGGACACAGGCCCGGGGCAUGUGGAGCGUCGGUGGGACAGACCCGGACCAGGUCGAGAGAAUUAUGCAGGAUGUCACGGGGCUCAUCGGUGAUGGCCCGCCCAAGGGCGUCAGCGGCUGGAUAGGACUAGCUGGGCGGUUGCUAGGGAGUGGUAUUCUUGGUGCUCACGGUCUCCCUGGUGCACAUGACGACGAGCAUGCUCACGACGAGGACGACAAGGGCCGUCGGGGUGGCGGUGGAAGGAGCAGGGAUGUCGGCAAAGUUGGAUAUGGGGGCAAUGGAAGUGAGAUCAGCCGCGACGAGAGGGGCAAAGGGAGACGGAGGAUAGACGACCAUGAUGAACUGGACGAAGUUGACGAGGAUGACGUGAUGCGGAUGGGACAAAGGCGGCGAAAGAGGCGUGAGGUGGAGUAAGGGACCACCUACGCGCUUUCGUCUGUCCUGGUAAUGAUUUGAUGACACCGUCUUAUGAUAUUUGCUUUUUUUAAUCUACAAUAUCAUCUUGAUCUUAUAA